AUGGCUGUCUCUGCAAUUGGUUUUGAAGGUUAUGAGAAGAGGCUAGAAAUAACAUUUUUUGAGCUUAGCAUAUUUGUUGAUCCUGAAGGAAAGGGCCUUCGAACUCUUUCCAAGGCUCAUUUGGACGAGAUUCUUGGACCAGCUGAGUGCACUAUUGUUGAUUCACUAUCAAAUGAUCAUGUCGACUCUUAUGUCCUUUCCGAGUCUAGCCUCUUUGUAUAUCCUUACAAGAUCAUCAUCAAAACCUGUGGGACUACGAAACUGCUUCUUGCAAUCCCGCCUAUCUUGAAGCUGGCUGAUGCCCUUUCUCUUGCUGUCAAAUCUGUGAGGUAUACUCGUGGGAGCUUCAUUUUCCCUGGAGCUCAGUCAUAUCCUCAUCGCAGUUUCUCUGAAGAAGUUUGUGUCCUGGAUAGUUAUUUUGGGAAGCUUGGUGCUGAAAGUAAGGCUUGUGUGAUGGGUGGGUAUGACAGCCCACAUAAAUGGCAUAUUUACUCUGCAUCUGCAGAUCCUGCAAUCUCUUGUGACCAUGUUUACACCAUAGAAAUGUGCAUGACUGGCUUGCACCGAGAAAAGGCUUCUGUAUUUUACAAAACCCAAUCAGCUUCUGCGUGUACUAUGACUAUCGAUUCUGGCAUAAGAAAGAUUCUUCCAGACUCUAAGAUAUGUGAUUUUGGUUUUGAUCCAUGUGGUUAUUCAAUGAAUAGUAUUGAAGGAGCUGCUAUUUCUACAAUCCAUGUUACUCCAGAAGAUGGUUUCAGCUAUGCGAGCUUCGAAACAGUAGGAUAUGAUCCAAAAGAAGUGAGUCUGAACAACUUGGUUGACAGGGUGUUGGUUUGUUUCCAGCCGAGCCAGUUCUCUAUUGCUGUACAUGCCGGUGUUGCAGGUGAACAACUAGUGCAGACUUGUUCACUCGACGUUAAGGGAUACUGUCGUGGAGAAAGGAGCCUUGAAGAGCUUGGAAUGGGGGGUUCCAUCGUCUACCGGACAUUUGUUAGGACUGGGGACUGUGGUUCUCCUAGGUCUACUCUAAAAUGCUGUUGGAAAGAGGAAGAAGAGGAAGAAGAGGAUUAGUUUCAAUAUUCUAUUUCUUUAUGUUUUGCAUCUAUAUUUAAAUAAAAUAAAUGCUUUCAGGCUAUGCCUUGCCUGAUGACAGCAAUGUCAGUAGUAUUGAUGUUAUCUUCGAUUUUAUUUGCAUUACAAGUCGUAGUCCUUAAGGCCUCAAAUGUGAGGGCAGCAGUAUUUUAAAUGUUUGGGCUUUUAUGCAGACUUGUUAUUUUUAGUGGAUUCAUUCUACGUGUUAA